AUUUUCGAUGUCCAUUGCUUACUGUCAGGUCCGCAUUAGUAAUAUUUCAAUGGAAACUUUAUAAUGAUAUCAAUGCGCUCAUUUGCUUACAAUGUUUGUCAUGAUGUUAUUGUGUUAGAGCCAAACCUACAUUGACAACACGAUUUUGUUGAUACAUUUGUAAAACGAACUUGUACAGUCACAAAAGGGAGAUUUAUGGAGCUUUGAAACUCUGAUUUAGGUUCCAUUCCCAUUCUACGAAAAUUACAUGCAGAUUUAAUUAACACAUGAUGAAGAACCCUUUGGAUAUUUUUAUACCAUAGGCUGCUAAACUACAAGUGACAUUGGUGAACCGGAUCAAGUACUAACUUCCUUAUGUGUCAAAUGCUAUACAUAACGAAUGAUGUAAACGACGUUGAAGGUUCAUAAACGUUAUUAUCGGGUUGAAGGAGGGCACAUGUGUCAAAUUGAGCAAAAUGAGUUGGAUGAAAAAAAAAGAAAAAUGGUUAGUAAUCCCGUGUAUAGUCUGUAUCGUUGUGCUGAUAUUUUUUUUGUUUUACACGGCUACAAACACGUCCAAUUAUUUCGAAAUUUUUAAUUAUCAGUUUUACGUACUUAAAGACAGCAACUCGACGAGCAAGUACUCAUCAAACAAAAUAGGAAAAAACAUUCCAGGAUCAACCAAAGCGUUUAUGAAGCAAGUGAAUUAUUCGUCUACUACUACAAGGUUGCAAACAUCGACUAUGAAUCCGACACUUGGCAAUCUCAGUCAUUGUUUAUGUCCGAUCUUUAUGAAUGGCUUCGGAAACCAGAUGUUUCAAUUUGCUUCAAACUUUGGUAUUGCGAUGUAUAAAGGUAUGCGGAUAAUUGUCUCGAAACAUUCAGAGGUCAAUCUUGUAUUCAAACUCCAUGACAUCGAUAUUUGGGAUAACAUAAACAUAUGUAACAAAUUUACUGUACGAAGAGAAAAACAGGCUUGUGCAUAUGAACCAAAUCUGAUUAACUUUCCCAAUUCUAACAAUUCAAGAAUUUUUCCAUGUCUACAAUCUUGGAAAUAUUUUUAUGAUUCUAGAAUUGAACUGAAGAAACAAUUCACAUUUAGAGAUCGCAUUCGUCAAGAAGCAGAAAAUAAUAUAAAUCAAAUAAUCAAACGACUCGAUAUAAGAUCCGCAAGGAAUAUAACUCUUGUCGGUGUUCAUAUACGCCGUGGAGACAUGGUAAAUCAUGGAUUAGGUUUUAAUGUAGCAACAUCACAAUAUUUGACGAAGGCCAUGCACUAUUUCAAUUCCAAAUAUCAAAAUGUAAAAUUUAUUAUAUCAUCUUUAGACGUACCAUGGACUAAAGCUAAUAUACCUAACAACACAAAUAUUAUAUAUACAUCUUAUCCGAAAAGGGAGAUAGUUGUAGCUACUUUAGCAUUAUGUAAUCAUACAAUAACAACAGUCGGGUCGUUUGGCUGGUGGAUAGGAUGGCUCACGGGAGGAGAAGUCACAUAUUUCAAAUGGCCCGCAAAAGAAGGAUCUUUCUUACGAACACAGUACAGCAAGGAUUAUUCUGAUUUUUUCUACCCUGGAUGGAUUGGAAUGUGAACGAUUCCCGACGAUUGAAAUACCUAAAACAUUUGAAGUCAUCCGAUAUAUGUUAACUCUUCCCCGAAAAGAAUAUCAGUUGACAGAGGUUUCUAUACCACUGAAAAAUAUUUUAUUGAUCAGUGUUCCAUGCUGUCUUUUUCUUUUCUGAGUUAUUUCCUCCGUUGUAAAACCGAGACAGAAGCUACUAAUUGGACAUUCAAACUCCUAUGGAAGAUUUACUGACAAACUAAACAAAUCUAUCACCAUAACGCACCAGUUAAUAAAAACAGUUUGAAGUAUUCUUCAACCC